UUGUCCGUUAAAAAAAAAACGGCCAGGCGAUAGUCAGGAAGAAUAACAUUUCCUUAUUAAAGCCCCGCACGGAACUACUUCGUUGCGUCUUAUUAUAGAUAAGGAAAGAGGAGCAGAGGAGAUUAGCAUUGAAGGAAAACAAACAUGGGUUUGAAGGAAGAAUUUGAAGAGUAUGCCGAGAAAGCUAAGACCCUUCCACCAACUACAACAGAUGCGAACAAGCUUAUUCUGUACGGGCUUUACAAGCAAGCCACUGUUGGGCCAGUGAACACCGGUCGUCCUGGGAUGUUCAGUCCGAAAGACAGAGCAAAGUGGGAUGCAUGGAAAGCUGCUGAAGCUAAAUCGAAGGAUGAGGCAAUGAGUGAUUAUAUCACCAAGGUAAAACAGUUGCAGGAAGAAGCUGCUGCUUCUUCUACUUGAUGCUCUCUUUUAAGUGAUGCUUAUCAGCUUCUUGUGUUUACAGUAGUAAACUCUAAUCUAAAUAAAAGUUGUCCGGUUCUGUUUAUUGAACUUCGAUUCGUCGUGUAUUUCAGCUCAAAAGGGAUUUGAAUGUCUUGAUGUUUCCCUCUGUUUCUUGUGAUUUGAAUCAAAGCUGUCAAAAAUGUCUUUUACCUACUACCUGUAUGAACUUGUGAAUUGAUUCA